AUGUCAAAAACCCAGGCUCAAGAGGCAGGAUCGCCCGACUCGAUCGCUGCCAUCUCAUCAUCCUCGUCAGAUGCCGAAAUUGAUGCUUUCCUCGCAUGGGCCCAGGCAGUGCUUGGCGGCAUCCCUGAAGCUUCCAAAGCAGUGAAAAAGGUGGCGGACCUCGCGGACGGUGUUGCUCUCUUCCACAUCCUCUCCGACAUAGAUCCGGUCCUCUUUCGCAAUCCUCAUACUGGCGACACAAAGGAUAACUGGGUGCUCACCAUCGGCACCCUCAAGCGUCUAUACAAGCUCAUGAUGCAGUUUUACUCGCAGAGCCUCCAAUGUGCUUCCACCGCGCUGCCCUCUCCCGAUCUCAACGCUAUUGCACGCUCUGCCGACCCGCAGGAACUCGCCAAACUCUGCCUGCUUGCCAUCGGUAUUGCUGUUCGUAGCGAGAAGAAUGAGACCCACAUCUCUGCAAUCCAGACGCUCGACCAAACACAUCAGCACCAGCUCAUGGUGUCGAUAGAGCGCAUCAUGACCUACAUCAAUCAAGGACAAGAAGAGUUCCAAGCCGCAUCCAACCCCGACGAUUCCGUAUCCUCUUCCGUCGCCGACGGGCAAGCUGACGAUCUGGAAACAAAACAUCAGGGCAAGUCGACCACGCAGCUUGCCUCUGAGCUCGAAGCCGUGCAGGCGCAGAAGGACGAUGUCGACAAGUCCUACCUGCUUCUGCUCGAAGCUCAUCGCGGACUCGAAAAUCAAUUUCAAGACCUGCAGACCGAGAAGGACGAGCUAGCAGCAGCACAUCAAGCACACAAGAAGCGCGUCGAGGAGGAACGCAACGAGCAGGCCGAUGUGCUCAUGCGACAGGAGAUCGAAAAGCUCAAGAAUGAUCUGCGUCGAAGCGAGGAUGCUCUCGCCGAGCUCGAGACCGACAACGAAAAGCUGCUCCACUCAGCUGAAGAGAGCACGCGCAAGAACGACGAGCUACAAAAGAGCGCAGAAGAGGCGGUCAAGCUCAGGGAUCAGAUCGAAGAGUACAGGCACGCUGCGGAUCGGCUCCAAAAAGCAGAGAACGCCAUCGAAAAAUACAAGAAGAAGCUCGAGGAGGGUGCUGAUAUCCGGCGUCAGCUCAAGUCAUUGGAGGACCAGAACGCCGAACUCGUCGAUCGCAACGCCAAGCUAGAAGACGAGUACAAGCGAGUCUCUGCCUUUAAACCGCUUAUGGACUCGUACAAGACCCAGAUCGCUGACCUCGAAUCCAAAGCUUCCAACCUCCAGCGCGACCUGACCACGUCCAAGUACGAGCAAGAGCAGAUCCUCUCGCGCCUCAAGGCAUCCGAAGACCAGCGUGCCGCCGCGAAAGAAGAAAUGGAGCUGUACCAGGAGCGAGUCAAGGAGCUCGAGCUGGGAGGCGACACGCCCGUCACAAAGCGCAAGCAGCUCGUAAGCCGCAACUCGAAUGCCUCUGCCAACGGCGUCGACGGUCUCAUCGCAGCGGACGCCAGCAGAGCCACUUCUGAGGGCGAUGACGAGCUGGACGACGAUGGCGACGACAUCCUAGACCGUUCGGGCGAACUCGAGGACGCACUCAGCGGCACCACGAUGACCGAUCUCAAACUCCAGGUGCGCAAGCUUUCGCGCGAGCUCGAGGCGGCCAAGACCAACAAAGCGGAUCAAUCGCGCCUCAUUGUGCUCGAGAACCUGCUCGAGGAUGCACAGCGCAUGAAAGCGCGCUACGAGGCCGACUACCUGCGCGAGCAUCGCGACAAGAUGGUGUUGCAGAACCAGCUGGAAGCCAUCCGAAGCGGCAAAUCAGACUUGGGCGACGGCACCGAGGCCGCAUUCGCAUUGCGCUUGCGACUCAACCAAGUGGUCGAGGAGCUGGAUGUGGCCAAGCGUCGAGUGACGGAGCUGGAAGUGCAAAACGAACAAGUCGCACGCGAGCUGACGGUGGCCAAGUCGGAUCUAACGUUGGUGAACAAGGACCAGGUGGACAUUCUACAUUCGCUGCGCGCCUCGAUCGACGCCGACAAGGACGAGCUGGAAGCCAGUGUCAAGAAACUCAAGACGGAACUGGCAUCUGUCAAUGAACAGAACCGCAUGUACAUGGCGCAGGUGAAUGCGCUGCUCAUGGAGAAGGUGGAUCUGCAAGCCGAGGGGAUUGGGCAGCGCGACGAAGCACUCAAACGCGAACGCACGCUGGGCGAGUUGCAGACACGUCUCAAGGGCAAGAGCCUUCCCAAGGAGGUGGAGGACAUGGUGGCGAGCUUGCAGAGUGAGGCGCUGGGCUCUACGCGCGAUCUGAAAGCGCUGCAGGAGCGGUUCGCCAAGGCCAAGACAUUUAUCAAGCAGCAGGACAAGAUGAUCAAGGAAAAGGAUCGAAGCCUCGCAGCGGCUGCGGCGGCUGGGAGUCUAGUGGGUACGCGAGGUACGCUAGAUGGCGACGUUAGCACCGAUGCGCUGGAGCGAGAAAACAGGACGUUGCGCGAAGAGCUGCGGAAUCGAAAUCGCGAGCAGAGGCUCAUGAUGUCGGCCUACCAGGAGCUGGGCCGACGCUACAUGGUGGAGCUCGAGUCUGGGCGCAACCCGAGUGGCGGCAGUGGCGGUGGUGGUGGAGGUGGGCGAGGCGGCAGUGGCGGGAUGGGCGGUGGCGGCGUGUACGGAAGGUCGACCUCGGCGUCGUUCGCGGCUGGCGGAGUGCGAGCGUUGACCGGUGCCAGUUCGCCCGGUCGGAGCUGGCUCGCCAAUCAACGCCAAAUGGUGAAUCCGACGCUCCAAGUAGCGAGUCGCAGAUGA